AUGAAGCAAAGAUUCUCGUCCUUGGAUGUUAAGGUCAUCACGCAGGAAUUGGCGUCGGAGUGCGUCAACCUGCGGGUGUCCAACAUCUACGACCUGUCCUCGCGUAUAUUCCUUUUCAAACUUGCCAAGCCCGACCAUCGUCGUCAGCUCAUCGUUGAUUCCGGAUUUCGCACCCAUGUCACUCAAUAUUCGCGAACCGCGGCAACCACACCUUCGCCCUUUGUGACUCGUCUCCGAAAGUACUUGAAAUCUCGUCGGAUCACAGGAAUCUCUCAGAUCGGAACCGAUCGCAUCAUCGACUUCUCUUUCAGCGAUGGCGCAUACCACAUCUUCCUCGAAUUCUUCGCCGGUGGUAAUAUUAUCUUGACAGACCGCGAGUAUAACAUUCUUGCUUUCUUCCGCCAAGUUGCUGCCGGUGUGGGUCAGGAGGAGAUCAAGCUUGGACUCAAGUACACUGUUUCUAAUAAGCAAAAUUAUGAUGGUAUUCCGGAUAUCACGGCGGACCGAGUUUUGCAGACGCUGGAAAAAGCGCAAGCACUCUCUGCUCAAGAGGGAACCGCGCCCAAAAAGUCAAAGAAAAAGGGAACGGAUGUUCUACGGAAGGCAUUAUCACAAGGGUUCCCCGAAUAUCCACCCUUGCUACUCGACCACGUGUUCGCGGUCAAGGAAUUCGAUACCGCAACGCCACUGGACCAAGUCUUGGGCAACCAGGAUCUUCUACAGACAGUAAAGGAGGUGCUAGAAGAAGCGCAGCGCAUUUCCAACACUUUUGACUCCGGCGAAAGCCACCCAGGCUACAUUGUUGCGAAGGAAGACACGCGACCCAUCCCCGAAGGAGAGAGUCCCUCAAAGGCCUCGGGUUUGCUGUAUGAAGAUUUCCAUCCAUUCAGACCUCGUCAGUUUGAGGAUAAACCAGGGAUCAAGAUUUUGGAAUUUGAGCGCUUUAAUGCAACGGUCGACGAGUACUUUUCCUCCCUAGAAUCCCAGCGACUUGAGUCGCGAUUGACAGAGCGCGAGGAAGCAGCCAAGAAAAAGCUGGAAUCCGUGCGUUCGGAGCACAAAAAGCGGAUUGAUGCACUCAAAGACGCGCAAGAACUUCAUAUUCGCAAAGCCGAUGCCAUUCAAGACAAUGUUUAUCGAGUCCAGGAGGCAAUGGACGCUGUCAAUGGGCUGGUGGCCCAAGGAAUGGACUGGGGUGAGAUUGCACGCUUGAUUGAAAUGGAACAGGAUCGCGGCAAUCCAGUGGCACAAAUCAUCAAAUUGCCUCUCAAAUUAUACGAGAACACCGUCACUCUGCUUCUUGGGGAGUCAGGCGACGAUGAGGAAGACGAGGAGUUCUCUAGUAGCGAUGAAUCAGAAUCCGACUCUGAGAACGAAGAAGCGGAAGCAACAAGCCGCGCGGAACGGGAAUCCAAGCUCUUGACCAUCGACAUCGAUCUUGGUCUCAGCCCAUGGGCGAAUGCAUCACAGUACUAUGACCAGAAAAAGCAAGCAUCGGAGAAGGAACAAAGGACAACCCAGUCGUCUACGAAGGCACUUAAGAGUCAUGAGAAAAAGGUUACGUCCGACCUCAAGCGAGGCUUGAAGAAAGAAAAGCAAGUUCUGCGACAGGCUCGGGUGCCAUUCUGGUUCGAGAAGUUCAUCUUUUUCAUUUCUUCAGAGGGUUACUUGAUUAUCGGUGCACGGGAUGCUAUGCAGAGCGAGUUGCUUUACCGGCGUUAUAUGAACAAGGGCGAUAUUUUUGUCCACGCUGACCUGGAAGGCGCAACGCCAAUCGUGGUAAAGAACCGGGCUGGUAGUGCCGAUGCACCAAUAUCCGCAAGCACAUUGUCCCAAGCUGGUAACCUUUGCGUAGCGACUUCAUCUGCCUGGGAUUCUAAGGCUGUCAUGUCCGCUUGGUGGGCGCAUGCUCACCAAGUAUCGAAAAUUGCAGAGAACGGUAGUGGGAUCAUGCCCACGGGUGUUUUCCAAAUCAAGGGAGAAAAAAACUUCUUGGCCCCAUCGCAAUUGGUGCUUGGAUUUGGUAUUAUGUUCCAGAUCAGCCAGGAAAGCGUUCGGAACCACAAGCAGCGAUUCGAUACAUCUGACGUUCCACAAGCUGCUAUCAUUCCUGCGAAUCGAAUUGAAGUUUUUGAGCCAAAGGAGGCUUCCGCUGUGGCACAAGAAGCUCUAGCAGAAGGGAAAGCCACCGAGGAGGCCACCGAGGAGGCCAUCGAAGACGCAGAGAAGGAAGAUACGGCCUCCGAAGAAGAGGAUGAAGACGAAGAUCGCAAAACCGCUGCUAGAAAUCCUCUUCAACGAGGCGACUCUGAGGUCCCACCCUCUCAAUCUACCCUAGAACCAGAACCCGAGGUUGAGACCGAGUCAGAGGAGAGCGAAUCAAAGGAUGAGCCGGAGCAAGAAGCGACAGAAGACCAGCCAGAUGAAGAGGAAGCUCCAUCAAUGGCAGACCAAAAGACCGCGCCCGAACAAGCGGAGCAGCCAGAAUUGUCUGCCCGAGAGCGACGUACUCUGCGACAGGGCAAACCUCUUGAUCGUCCCGGUGAGGAAGAGCCAGUCGCACCACGCAUUGCCCCCACCCGGGGUAAGCGGGCGAAGGAAAAGCGUGCAGCUGCCAAGUACGCUCAUCAAGAUGACGAUGAACGCGAACUUGCCCUUCGGUUGGUAGGUGCCAACAAGGGAAAAGUCGCAAAGGCUGCCAAGGCAGCUGAAGCCAAGGAACAGCGCGAGCGCGAAGCCGAGGCACAAAGGCAACGACGCCGCGCCCAACAUGAGCGUGCAGCUGAAGCCGAACGCAAGCGCCAGGCUCAAUUUACGGAGAAUGGUACGGACGAUUACAACGAGGAGACCGCUGCGGCAGAAGCCGCAGAUCUCACUUGGAUUCCAGCCUUGGUCGGUACACCAACCGUGGAUGAUGAAAUCCUUGCGGCCAUUCCAGUUUGCGCCCCAUGGGCUGCACUUGGACGCUACAAAUACAAGGUCAAGUUGCAGCCGGGUUCCGUGAAGAAGGGCAAAGCCGUCAAGGAGAUUGUUGGUCGGUGGGUGUCCGAGACCACUACUGGAAAGGUCAAGAAAGAGUACGCCGAAGAUAUCGGGAUUCCCCGCGCUGAUGCGGAACGCCUCCGAGAACGGGAGGGAGACCUCAUUAAGGGCUGGAAGGAUACAGAGAUUAUCAACACCAUGGUUGUAGGCAAGGUGCGCAUCAUGACUGCGGGAGUUGGAGGCGGAGGCGAUAAGGGCAAGGGCAAAAGUGGCAAGGGUGGUGGUGGUGGAAAUGGCAAAGGAGGUGGUAAAGGCAAGAAGAAGUGA